AACUGCACCAUAAGACGUUAUGAAGUGAGUGAUCGUAUUGUAAUAUAUUUUAUCUAUACUAUAUAUAAAAAAAAUGAUUCUAAUCAGCUGGACUGAUGUAAUCAAGUUAACUGUACACAUUAUCUCACUUAACCUAUUAAAAUGUGUUAGAACGUCAAUUUAAAAAGAGAAAGACAAACUGGAAAUAAUCCAUUCUCUAUAAUUAAGAAAACAAGUUGCAGCUGUGAUUAACAGAACACGCAUGUGCCAAGAUGUGACAACAUGGUCAUAUGAUACACUCUUCAAAAAAUUUUGUGAAAAGUUCCACCUCAUAUUUUCUUUCACGUGAAUUCUCAUCUUCCCACAGUGGCGAUUGUGUCAGGUAUUAACGCAUCGAGGUUCACAACAGUUGAAAGGCUCAUCUUUAUCCGUGAUCUUGUCAACCGUAAGACUUUGGCGAAAGAAUCCGUUGGCACAGAGGCAAUCGCUUUAUGAGGGGCUCUAUUUUAAAAGUGGCUUUGAAUCUCAAAUAACAACUCUGAGAAGAUCUUUUUAAAGAUUCACUUUUCAUUCAUGACUUAAAAAUCUACUGUACGUUUAGCGUGAAACCAUUAAAACAUUUACGAUGAGUUUAGAAGAACCCAACUUGGAACUGACGAUGGAGAGCAGGAACAGCCACAACGGAAGCAGCGACAGGCUUGGACUGAGCUUCACUAUUGACUACCUUCUGUUCAAUAGCGGAGUCAAAGGUUCGAAAGGAGAAGUGACGGCAAGUAGCGCAACGGAGCAGACGGAGAACAAUAUGCUAAAUGACCAGAAUCCUGAACUAAAAGAGGUGGAGAUUCGUCGCAAUGUACAGGGGACGCUCCCACAGGAUCCAGACCUAGACACCGGAAAAAGUAAAACCAGCGAAGAGGAGUGGAACAAAGAACAACACGAGGAGGGAGAGGAGGAAAUGACCACCACAAGCUGUAGUUCUGACAAAUCUUCAGACAAACCAAACCAGUCGUACAUUGCGCUCAUCUCAAAGGCAAUUCUGGCGUCUGAGGAAAAGAAACUGCUGCUGUGUGACAUCUACCAGUGGAUCAUGGACCACUAUCCUUACUUCAAGAGUCGCAAACUGUCACUGCCUUCACCAGGUGCGACAGCAGAUUGGAUGCAGGCCAAUGGAUUAAAGUUGAUCGCUAGUCGACGUGCUAAAAAGGAUAAAAACUGGAGAAACAGCGUGCGCCACAACUUGUCCCUCAAUGAUUGCUUCAUCAAAGCAGGUCGAAGCGACAAUGGCAAAGGCCACUUCUGGGCGAUUCACCCUGCAAACUACCAAGAUUUUUCAAAAGGCGACUACCAUUGCCGGAGGGCACGGAGAAGGGUGCGCAGGGUGGCAGCUCAGAUUCGUCUGUCUUCCCUAAUGUCCCCCUACUACCCUGCCGCCACUCUUACCCUCCCUCACAGAACGACCUGCUGGUGCUGCCCUCAGAUCCCGACACUUCCUCUGUCCUGUUUGGCUCCCAGGCUCUACUGGCCAUGGUCCAGCAUGCACCCGCAAGUGGGUCUCCACCUGGGUCUCAAUCCCUCUGUACCCUGAAAGGAUCUGACUCCUUAUGUAUUUGCAGUUUUGGAUGUCGUGUUCUUACUAUGUGGUAAAAGGGAAAACUCUAGAAUUUGAUUUGAUGUUAUUCAUGUCUUUAGAUGAUUCCGGUUUACAUUAUAGCUUUAAUUUUAAAAAUAUGAGAAGUUAAAUGAAAAAGUUUCAAUAUUUUCUGCAUUUCACUCCCUUGUAUUCUAGUAUUACAAAGUUGUGCUAUAACUUCAUUAAAUGAUGUAAAAUUUC